UGAAUGACAUCCACCUAAUUGUCUCAUAGCGCGUUCAUAUGCCCUUACCAAACUCACAGAUGCGUAUUGCUGCAUAGAAGUAAAACAUUAGUUUUUUUGUUUAAUUUUUACAAAAUAAUAAGGCAUUUUACUUGUUUGACAUCGGGUUCUCGCUGAAUCUGGAGUGCGGCAUGCCUGUUCCUUUUACAGAAUCUUUGCUCGCGCUACGUCAGACGUGAAGAAGGGAUUUCCACAGUUCCUGCAACAUUGUAGCUAGCUAUCACUACGGCGGCCACAGUCAAAUUCCAAUAUUUUGGUAGCACAACAAACACGGACGGAAGGGGUAUGCAUUUGUUACACAUCGUACAGUAGGACCCCUUACUUGUGCUGCACAUUGGUGAAACCAGAGUCUUGGGGAAACUCGAUAGCUGUCGGUAUUGUAACUACAUAACUUCAUAGAUAUAUUUUCCACUGGAAAGGCGGGGAAUACAAAGCUCUUGGUCGUCAACACAGACUUCUUGAUGCAUCAGAUCUACACCUAUUUCCCAGACAAUCAUCGCUGAUUGAUUGGAUUGCACUUUCUUGAGGACUACGACCAAUUAUCCAGGCAGUUAAUGGAUUAUCUGUGUUUUCGGACGUUGUGCUGUAAAGGACCCCCCGCUCCUCGUCCGGAGUAUGACGUGGUGUGUAUCGGCCUGACCGGCUCAGGGAAGACCAGCCUGCUCUCCAGACUCUGCAACGAGGCCACAGACAACAUUAUCCCCACCACAGGGUUCAGCAUCAAAGCCGUGCCAUUUCAGAACGCCAUAUUAAAUGUGAAGGAACUUGGAGGAGCGGACUCGAUCAAGAAGUACUGGAGCCGGUACUACCAGGGCUCGCAGGGCGUGGUGUUCGUGCUGGACAGCGCCUCGUCAGAGGAGGACCUGGAGGUGGCCCGCACAGAGCUGCACUCGGCCCUGCAGCACCCGCAGCUCUGCACCCUGCCCUUCCUCAUCCUCGCCAACCACCAGGACAAGCCCGCAGCACGCUCCGUACAGGAGAUAAAGAAGUACUUUGAGCUGGAGCCCUUGGCGCGGGGUAAGAGUUGGGUCCUGGAGGCUAGCUCGGUGGACAACAUGGAGGGCGUGAAGGACAGCUUUCAGCAGCUCAUCCACCUGCUGGAGGACAAGGACCAGGAGCCCGCCAGGAUAUGACAUCACACCACAGGAUGUGACAUCACACCAAAACACACCACUCCACUCCCUCACCCAAUGGAGGACAAGGACCAGGAGUGCGACAUCACACCACUCCACUCCACUGCACUCCCUCACCCUCACCCUCACCCUCAAACCCCAUUGGAGGAGAAGAAAGAGGACCUGGACAGAAUAGGAUGACAUCACAUCGUCUCCUCUGCUGAUUGGUCCACCCCCCCUCAUCCCACCCCCCAUCUACCCCAAUCAAAACAGACCACCGUAAUGGUAAACAACGAAGAAAUCCUACAAGUUACAGAAGUCAAUGCUCACAAGUACAGUUCACUACUACUACAGAUCCUACUGUACUCUCAAGUGAAUCCAGGAAAGCCAAACAGGGAAGCCCUGUCUGUUUCUUUUCUAGGUCAGCAUAUUAAGUGUGGAAUGGGGAUGUGGAGAUUUCAAAACACAUAAACUGUCUGUCAGGGGAAGAAAACAUAAGACUUUGUAUCCAUUCAGUACCAUUGAUUAGCCAAGCUUACAUGGAGAACAUAUCCACAAAAGGAUAGUAUCACAUUCUUGAACAAUACAGUAUGUAAUUGCUCUCUCUCUC